AUGGUCGUACAGGCGGGUGAUCGAAUACGGAAGCUCGAGAGACGGUCUCCGGGGCUUUGUACUAAGACUCACAACAAACUGCAUCGAGAUAUAAACCAUAAAGAUGGCAAGAGGACAGUGUGCAUAUUGGGCGCCGAGCCUAACCGUAAUCCCACUUACGACAUCCUUGAGGCCAACUCCAGAAUCGGCGGUCGCGUUUACACCCACAAAUUCAGCGAAACGCCGCAUGACUACUAUGAUAUCGGCGCCAUGCGUUUCCCUGACAUUCCCAUUAUGAAGCGGACUUUCGAUUUAUUCAAGCUUACCGGCAUGCCGUUAAUUCCCUACUACCUGAACCGCCCGGAAACUCGUGACCUGUUCAACGAUCACUUCUCCGACGAAAGUAGUUCUGACCCCUACCAGGUCAGCAUCAAAAACGGCGGCCCCGUUUCUGACGAUGUAGUGGAUAAUGUCAACAAUAUUUUAGAAGCGGCUUUCGGUCCAUACAAGGAAAAGUUAGUAGAGAACUUCAAAGAAGGCUUCGCCGAGCUCAUGGAGGUCGACGACUUUAGUACUCGGGAGUUCCUAAAGAGGGGUGGUCCCGACGGGAAGCAACCGAGCUACGACUUUUUCUCCAUUCAAUGGAUGGAAACGAUGAACACAUCAACUAACCUGUUUGAUCAGGCGUUCUCCGAGAGCGUCAUGGACUCCCUUGACUUCGAUUACCCCGGGACGCCCGAUUGGUACUGCAUCGAUGGCGGCACUACUCUCCUUAGCGAUGCCAUGCGCAAUGGAAUUAAGACCGAGAUUCAAACAGAAAAGAGAGUAGAGAGUAUCUCCAUCGAUCACGAAGACGGCGACAUGUUGACAGUCAAGUGUGCUGACGAGCCCGCUCCGCGCCAGGGCUACAGCACCGUCUUUGCUACUCCGGCCCUAGGCUGCCUAGCCCGCAUGGACCUACGCGGGCUCGAACUACACCCAUCCCAGAAGGACGCCAUACGCAGCUUGCACUACGACGACUCAGUCAAGGUGGCUCUCCAGUUCAGCUAUCCUUGGUGGAUCGUCGACUGCGGUAUCAUUGCAGGCGGCGUCGCCUCGACUGAUCUGCCUCUGCGGAGUUGCGUCUAUCCAUCAUACAACCUCAAAGAUGGCCGCGAUAAGCCCGCCGUUCUGCUGGCAUCUUAUACGUGGGCGCAAGACGCCAACCGCAUGGGGUCGCUUGUUGAUCGACAGGAGGAUGAGCUCGUCGAACUGAUCCUGCAAAAUCUGGCCAGGUUGCAUGCACCGAAAAUGACGUACGAACGCAUCAAAAGUUUAUACACGGGUGUUUACCACGCAUACUCGUGGUCCCACGACCCGACGACCGCCGGCGCUUUUGCUCUCUUUGGCCCCGGCCAGUUUAGCAACCUGUACCCUUACCUCUCGCGGCCAACGGCCGAUAGUAGGUUCCAUAUCGUGGGCGAGGCGGCGAGCAUGCAUCAUGCCUGGAUUGUUGGAGCCCUUGACAGCGCGUGUGCGGCCGUGCAUCGGUUCCUCGUUCGUUUUAACCUGGCCGACGCUAUCAAUGAUUUGGAGAAGAAAUGGGGUAAGGUAGAGGAAUUAGAAGCCGGAGAACAUGGGACGGUGCAUUUGCAGGUCAUGUUAGGGAAGCUUCGGAAGGAAGACCAUCUUAAAGUCUAAGCUUCGGAAAUGUAGCGAGGCCCCUUUCUCUCGACUCGGCUAUAGAAAACACUAGGUAUCUAAUACUAAGGCCUUGACUGUCAUAACCUGGU